AACUACGAACCUCCUCUUAGACAACAUGGCGCAUGUGUACAGCUGCGCUGGAAAUAUAGACGAUACAUCCAGUUAGGUGGAAAAUAAAUAAUUUAUGCUCAGCUCAGCUAAGCGUAUCACCUAAACCAGACUUCGGCGACAUUACCUAUCGAAUGCGGACGCUCGUGCCUGUUCACCUUGACAACAGCAUCAGACUCUGGUCUCUGCGCGCUGACAACUUUGCCGAGCUCACCUGCUUACAAUGAAGACGAGAGAGCGUUUCAGAUCCUGAUUGUUCUUUAAGAGUUAGUUUCAGAUUAUUAUUAUUAUAAUUUUUUUUUUUUUACUGUGGGUACCGUGUAUGAGGGUAUUGUGAGUCUUUUAAAUUGUUUUGGUUAAGAAAAAAGCAAUGUGACUGCGACCUAAACCAGACUUUUCAACUGAUGAAGAAAUGCUACUCAACAUUACGAGAGAAAACCACACACCACAGCAUCAGGGGGAAAGGGAGAGAGAUAGACUCCCUCCAAUUUCCAGUCAUUCCACUUCUGUGAGUAUGAAAUGUUUUUAAAUAUUUGUCAUUUCUUUAAAUGUGUUUUCAUGUCCAAUUAAGAAAGAAAUUAACAGUUUUCUGUGUUUUAAAAUAAUUUCCAUAAGGGACCAAUGUCACAGUGAAGUCAUAAAAUGUCAAUUUAGAAAAAUGAUUUCAUUGUAUAAUGAUAACUUAACUAUUUCAAUGACCUCAGAGCUUAUCCUUUUGGAAAUGUGUUGAUGUUAAAACAAAGGGUGGGACCUUUUGGCCAGCUCUUCCUAACCCUGUUAUGUUAUAAAACAGCAUAGCAGCUUUGUGAGUAAUAUACCACAUUAUCACUGUAACAAAGUCCAAACAUUAUACUGUACAUUUUGUUUAUGUAUCCAACUUUUAUUUAUGUGGCCUAAGUGCUACAGUACUUGCUGUGAAUGAAUAGUAUUCUAUACUGUCAUAGUUCUAAUCUAUACUGUCAAAAUUCCAGGACCUAAUGUACAUUUUUGGACAUCCAAGACUCUUGGCAGUGUUUAGACAGGCAGCCUAUUUUGUUAUUUUCUUCACUGAUUGGUCUUUUGACCAAUCAGAUCAGCUCUGAAAAAUAUCUGAUGUGAAAAGAUCUGAUGUGAUUGGUCAAAAGACCAAUUUGUGGAAAAAAUAUCAGAAUUGGGCUGCCUGUCUAAACGCAGACCAUGAUGUCUGUAAAAUGAAUUGUAAUUUUUAUCAUAGGGUCUUGAUCAUGGACCAAACCUGCCAUAUCCAUCUCUCAACUUCAUCUCAAACCACAGAAAGGAGGAUGGUAGCCACAGCCUCUCUUCCCAGUUUAUCCUUCCUGGCAUACGGCAUGGUAUGGUCUGUCAUGGUAACCCUAAUGUUCACAUUACCUAAUUCAAGAGUCAACUGGAAUAAUAAGCAACAGUAUUUUGUGAACUGAGACUUCUGACGCUCACAGGCAGCCCAAUUACACAGGCAGCCCAAUUCAUUUUUUUCACUAAUCGUUCUGAAAAAGAUCUGAUGUGAAAAGAUCUGAACCGAUUGGUCAAAAGACCGAUUAGUGAAAAAAAGAUCAGAAUUGGGCUGCCUGUGUAUACGCAGCCAUAGUGAACCAAUAUCAAAGUGCAGGCAAGAAGCACUUAAUCAAGUUUGAUCUAUCAUGAGCUAUCGGUAUGGCUAGCUAACACAUGUUUUAUAUUGUUACCUUCAGGUACAGAGACUUAAUAAUAUCACUAAGAGGCUUACAAGGAAAUAAUUUUCACUCAGCGCUCCCAAAAGAAAGGCUAGUUUCAGUUUCAAAGUGACAUAUACAGGCUGCUUUGAAUUAAUGAGCAAUGCUCCAGGCAGAUGUGUUGUCGUGGCUUCCUAUUCUUGAGAUCAAAGAAUGUUCGAGGAGACUUGAGCAUCAAUGCUUGAUGCAGAUGAGGGAGACAGAGGCCCACUCAGAGCUGCUCUUCCUUUACAGGGAGAACGUGUUCUGGGUGUAAUGACCACAACCGUUGUGUGGGCUGCCGACGGAAGUUUUUAAAAAUACAAGAUGUUAAUAUAUUGCUGUCACUUAUACUUGAAAAUAUGGAGAGUUCAUUGCCCAAUGCUGCUCACUGUUGUGAUAUGAGAAGAAAAAAACUAUUAUGCAGGUUUCAUCUUGUUAUAUACGGUUAAUUGAGAUUGUUAAACUAUAAUGUUGUGGAUAAGAGCACCUGUCUUACACACUGGUACCUGGGCUCUCAUUACCAACAAGUAGAGUUAAUCAUAAGGGUUACCGCCUUCAUUUUCAUUAGGAAUUAGUUAAAGGUGCACUACGCAGAAAUCGAUCCGCCAUUUCCUGGUUGCUAAAAUUCUAAUAGUUGGCCUAAUUUCAGUUUAUGUGACAAAACAAGCAUGUAUAGUGUAGAUAAUCAUCCUACCACCUAAACAGCUGUGAAAUAUAUUUUCCAUAACCCAAAAUAUUGUAUUUUCAGCUGUUUGAAGCUGGUGUACAAAACAGAAAGGAAAAGAUGCAAAAACAAAACUUAAGAAUGGGAAGCAUAGAAAGCGCACAUAGAACAGAUCUACCGCUUCUUAGACUUGUUUUCAAUGAGAAUGACAUAUCUAUAACUCACAUUUCUAUGUCAAAAAGUUACAUAUUGCAGCUUUAAUAGAUAAUAGUAUUUUCAGGGAUGAUACAUUUGGGUGAGUGUGUUUGUGUGUUUUUAAUAUGUGUGUUGUUAUUCCGCCUGCAGGUAGAGAGCUUCCCCCCAUCUGUCCUGAUGUUAGACAGAAGCAUCAACAUCAACAUCGCAUCACCGUUGACAUUCUGCCUCCUGAGGUCAGGGCUCGCGUUGCCUCCGACCCAGUCAUGCCCCUCCGCACCAAGACUGCCAAAAAGUUUCAGUAAGUACACACACACACACACAUACACACAUACACACACACGUCCUUAUUAUUAAUGGUACACUCAAACAGAAAUAACUUUUAAUAUUUGUCUAACGUUUACCAGGGAGGACAUUGAGAGGGCAAUAGUCUCAGGCGAUUGGAAACACAUCCAUGAUUUCUACUUGACCACGUUCAGCUCCUUUUUAGAACUGAAUGCUACCUUUAAGGUGGGUGAUCCCCAUGUCUGUGCCAUAUUCAUCCUGCGGUUUCGUAUUUGUAUUGUCAAUCAAGCCAGUGAUAUUUCUACAGCAUAAUUUAUAAGGACUUAUUACACUACUAAUUUAUGUCCAGGGGUGCAACUUUGGUUUUAGAAGUGGGGGGGACAUAAUUAUUAUAUAUAAAUAUAUUUUUUAAUCCGGUCGGAUAAACACUCCAAACAGCCCACCCGACCGCUCGGAGGCCUAUACCGACCAACGGUGUGCUUUUAACAUUGGUCCUAAAGCACACCGUUGCCUCGUUUUGUAUCACAUUCCAAUUAUAAAAAUAUGCAAUUUCAGAAUGUGGGGGGACAUGUCCCCACCCCUGUCCCCAGUGAACGUUGCACCCCUGACUAUGUCAAUUCAUUUGUAUGGAUAAGUGUGAUAGUAAAAUCUCUAAAGCAACUAUGACUGAUCAACGCAAAUAAAAGGUGAUCAUUGUUUUGGUGUUUAAAGUCGGUCAAUAUAGUAUUUCUGGGAGCCAGGUAAAGGGGAAUUUGUAGAGGGGUUUUUGAGUCUGAAUGAAUGAAGUUAUUCAGAGGGUCGGAAAAAAGAGCACUUGUGCGUGGUUUCCAUGGAGAGUGUUAUUCAUAAGAGCAGGACCUAUAAGAGAACGUAUGAUCAUGUACGCAACAGUUGGGUAAAUGUUUAGCACGUGUGAUGGUCGGUUUGCAUUGCUUCCUAGAGGGUCUAGGAUAAUUAUGUCAUAACAAAGUAUAAUAUAGAAUAUUAGCCUUCCCCCAAAGUGAACCAGACUUGGACUGAGCGAAUCACCAAUAAAAGUAGACUAAACUAAAGUAUGUGUUAGUCCUAAUCUAAAUAUAUUAUUCGUUUCUCUGUCCAGAAAGAAGCAAACGCUCCGUUCAACACGAUUGAAGACUCAGGAAUCAAUACCAAAUUCGUCAAUGCUGUCUAUGACGCAUUAUCGCUCACGGUAUGUAGAGUGAUAGAGCAACGAAUAGCCAUGUUUAUAUUAGGUAGUUGAAAUGAAAACCUCUCACUAACUUUGAUCUAACAUUGAUUCAACAGCCUCCUGAUGCCCAGAGAGCAGUGCUGAAGGGGAUCAUUAACAGCUUGUUAAGAGAAUGGAAGGGGUGUGUGACAAUCAUAUACUGUAGCACUCUUAUAGCUGCCACUGAAAUGAAACGAUUCCUGUCUACAUAGUAAAGCUCUAUACUUUGUGACUUGAAUAUUGAAUCAAAUGUUACGUGCUGGAUGAGGAAUGAAAUUAACUUCAUAUUGUCUGCUUUGUUUUGCAGUCGACGGACAAAGGAUGACCUGAGAGCGUAUUUCAUUCUAGUUCAGGUAACGUCAUGCAUCACGUGCAGUAUAUUUACACAUUACUGGUACAAAUGACAUACAGAUUUGGCUAAUGUGCCCCCCCCCCCACACUCCUCACACUCCCCACACACACACGUGCUCCACAGCCAUUUUUCGGAAUCUCUUUGUGUUUCGGGUCCUCAGUAGGUUAAACACAGUAGCCCUCAGUCUAAAGGCAAAUCAGAAACACAGGAAACUCUCGAUGUGCUCCCUCACCACAUGGCCCAUUGACUCCAGUCAUAGCCCAAGCAGUCAGUCUCAGUCUCAGUCAGGCUCGGGAUAUAACGAGAGCAGAGUGUUUACUUUACACAUGACCAACAGACUAGAGGUAGUCUUGGCACCGGCCAAAUAUGGACACAAGCAUUAGACACAUAGCCUGGGAGAGACUCGGGAGGCAGACUGGGGAAAUGGCUGAGUUGAACUGGGACGAUUUCUGUCUGCUAAAAAUUGAGACUUUGGUUGGAGACUCCUGUUUCUAUCCCAUUUAUGGUUUUCUUAUUGUUUUACUACUAUUAUUACUUUAUUAUUGUUUCAGACGUUUUAUGGGGCGGUAAAUUAAAAAGCACAUCUUCUAUCCCUUUCAUACCAACAACUUUUUGUGGUUAUUGAGUCUCUCCAGUUCUCUCAAUCUCUAAAUUGAGUGUAUGAUUUGUCUUUGGGCUCUCACUCUCUCUCUGUCUCUCGCUCUCUCGCUCUCUCUGUCUCUGUCUCUCUGUCUCUCUCUCUCUCUCUCUCUCUCUCUCUCUCUCUCUCUCUCUCUCUCUCUGUCUCUCUCUCUCUCUCUCUCUCUCUCUCUCUCUCUCUCUCUCUCUGUCUCUGUCUCUGUCUCUGUCUCUGUCUCUGUCUCUCUCUGUCUCUGUCUCUCUCUCUGUCUCUCUCUCUCUCUCUCUCUCUCUCUCUCUCUCUCUCUCUCUCUCUCUCUCUCUCUUUCUCUCUCUCUCUCUCUCUCUCCAUCUCUCUCACUCUGUCUCUCUCUCUCUCUUUCUCUCUCUCUGCCUAGGGAAUGGAUGAGGUCAUGUUUGAAGUAGAAAAGUCUGGUUUCCUCUGUAAUGCCAGUCUUUAUUAGAAGCCAGACUUCUUCUGUUGUAAAGCUAUAUUUCCUUUUUGAAGUGCACUGCCACUGCUGAAAAAGCUCCUCUUUGUUGCAGAACCCUCAGUGCACCAGCCCAGCCACAUAUGUAAUCUAUGCACACUUACUGAGGCAAAUAGCCGCGCUGGCUGAAGCAGACCACUAUUUCCUGAUGCACUGGUUUAAGAAGUAAGAGUCUGAAUUGUUCCUCUGUCUUAUGCAAUCCCAUGCUUUUUCAGGCUGUAGUUGUUAUCCACAAAGUAAGCACAGUCCUCAGAAAGAAGCCAUGUUGUUAUUCUUUAUCCAGGAAGGAUAAAUAAAUUAUGUUUUCCAAAUUGUUUUAGUAGCAGUUGGUAGGAAUUGAGCAGUCAUAGCUUUCAAACAAGACAAUCUAUUUUGAAAGUUAAAAUGUAUUCCUUGCCAUGCUGAUAAUGCCUCUGUUUUCGAUUAUGAUUGUCUAACUCAGGCUGUCCCAGAAGCGGUUCAAACAGCUGGUGGAGCGGCUGCACCUCUUCAUCUCCACCCGUCUGUUCCCAGCCAAGCCUGAGGAGCUGCCCCCCAUGGCCAAGUGCUCCUGGUGGAUCCCCUCCGCCACAAAGGUCCUCUCCCUCCUCAGUGAGUAGGUCGUCUUCUAUCUCCACCCCCACAGGGAGCUGAGACUGGGGCAAUGGUCAGGGCAAGGGGAUGUUAGUGUAGUGUUGUGGAGAUUUAGGUCUAUCCCUUGUAAUGGAUUAAACUGCACUUUCUACAGGCAUUGAAUUCUCCUGUCCAUAUUUGUCUGGUUCUCCUACCCAUAUUUGUCUGGUUAUCUACCCAUAUUUGUCUGGUUAUCUACCCAUAUUUGUCUGGUUCUCCUACCCAUAUGUGUCUGGGGUAGAUGUUGUUUGAGGGUCAGGAGAAAACAUAUCAGUCUCCAGGAGAACGUGAUAUAUUCUUCUGUUUCUCUUUUUCUCCAUUGUAGAUGCAGCAAAUGUAAUUUCCAGCACCCCCAUCCUGCCAUUUGUUGACUUCUACAACCCCACGCUGGACCACACUGACUUCAUGGAUGACUAUCGCAUAUGGCAGACUCAGGGAAACUCUACCAGGUGUGACAUGACAAUAUUAUCAGAGCAAAGCUUAUGUUGACCAGUGCUCUUCAAUUCUCCCCACAACCCCUUGCUGGUACGGUUCCUGUGUUUCCCUGUAAAUAAAGGAGCUCCCUCUUGUGUCAGCUUUCAGCAUUAGAACAACAGAUUCUUUGUUUAUGAUGUCAGAUUGCAACAUCAGAUAUGAUACGAUCUUCAAUGGGUAUCGUACACCAAAAUAAAAUAAAAUCAAAUUGUAUUUGCCACAUGCGCCGAAUACAACAGGUUCACCUUACAGUGAAAUGCUGACUUAUAAGCCCUUAACCAACAAUGCAGUUUUAAGAAAGAUAAAUGUUAAGUAAAAAAUUGGUAAGUAAAAAAUAACAAAUAAUUAAAGAGCAGCAGUAAAAUAAAAUAACAGUAGGGAGGCUAUAUACAGGGGGUACCGGUACAGAGUCAAUGUGUGGGGGCACCGGUUAGUCGAGGUAAUUGAGGUAAUAUGUACGUGGGUAGAGUUAAAGUGACUAACCAAACAAAUCACACAACAUCCCUGAUGAAACCAAAACAUUAUUUCCGUGUGAUAAGCUAUGAUAACCAAACACUCCCUGUUCCUCCCUGUUCCUCCCCGUUCCUCCCCAUCCUCAGGUUUACAUUCUGCCAGUUCCCCUUCAUUCUAUCCACGGUGGUGAAGAAGGCCAUCAUCCAGAAGGACUCGGAACAGCAGAUGAUCAGCAUGGCCAGGGUGAGACUGAGGUCACUUCUCACUCACAUAGGUCCUUGUCGUCCAUCUUUGAUAGUGUCAUUGUAAUGCACAGUAGCACAGGCAAUGAAUCACAUUCUCAGCCUAACUAUUACCGUUCUUUAUAUUAGCAUAUUGACCUCCUAGUGUUAAUGUACAGAGAAUUCAUAUAUAUAUAUAUUUUUUAAGUAUUAUUAUUAUUAUUGUAUUUUAUAUAUAUAUAUAUACAGUGAGGGAAAAAAGUAUUUGAUCCCCUGCUGAUUUUGUACGUUUGCCCACUGAAAAAUACAUGAUCAGUGUAUAAUUUUAAUGGUAGGUUUAUUUGAACAGUGAGAGACAGAAUAACAACAACAAAAUCCAGAAAAACCCAUGUCAAAAAUGUUAUAAAUUGAUUAGCAUUUUAAUGAGGGAAAUAAGUAUUUGACCCCUCUGCAAAACAUGACUUAGUUCUUGGUGGCAAAACCCUUGUUGGCAAUCACAGAGGUCAGACAUUUCUUGUAGUUGGCCACCAGGUUUGCACAAAUCUCAGGAGGGAUUUUGUCCCACUCCUCUUUGCAGAUCUUCUCCAAGUCAUUAAGGUUUCAAGGCUGACGUUUGGCAACUCGAACCUUCAGCUCCCUCCACAGAUUUUCUAUGGGAUUAAGGUCUGGAGACUGGCUAGGCCACUCCAGGACCUUAAUGUGCCACUUCUUGAGCCACUCCUUUGUUGCCUUGGCCAUGUGUUUUGGGUCAUUGUCAUGCUGGAACACCCAUCCACAACCCAUUUUCAAUGCCUUGGCUGAGGGAAGGAGGUUCUCACCCAAGAUUUGACGGUACAUGGCCCCGUCCAUCGUUCCUUUGAUGCGGUGAAGUUGUCCUGUCCCCUUAGCAGAAAAACACCCCCAAAGCAUAAUGUUUCCACCUCCAUGUUUGACGGUGGGGAUGGUGUUCUUGGGGUCAUAGGCAGCAUUUUCCUCCUCCAAACACGGUGAGUUGAGUUGAUGCCAAAGAGCUCGAUUUUGGUCUCAUCUGACCACAACACUUUCACCCAGUUCUCCUCUGAAUCGUUCAGAUGUUCAUUGGCAAACUUCAGACCUUGUGUAGGUCUACAAUCUUGUCCCUGACAUCCUUGGAGAGCAUGUUAUAUAUAUAUACACUACCGUUCAAAAGUUUGGGUCACUUAGAAAUGUCAUUUUUUUCGAAAGAAAUGCAUUUUUUUUGUCCAUUAAAAUAACAUCAAAUUGAUCCGAAAUACAGUGUAGACAUUGUUAAUGUUGUAAAUGGCUAUUGUAGCUGGAACUUUCUUCUGAAACUCAUCAGUCUAUUCUUGUUCUGAGAAAUUAAGGCUAUUCCAUGCGAGAAAUUGCCAAGAAACUGAAGAUCUUGUACAACGCUGUGUACUACUCCCUUCACAGAACAGCGCAAACUGGCUCUAACCAGAAUAGAAAGAGGAUUGGGAGGCCCCGGUGCACAACUGAGCAAGAGGACAAAUACAUUAGAGUGUCUAGUUUGAGAAACAGGCGCCUCACAGGUCCUCAACUGGCAGCUUCAUUAAAUAGUACCCGCAAAACACCAGUCUCAACGUCAACAGUGAAGAGGCAACUUCGGGAUGCUGACCUUCUAGGCAGAGUUGCAAAGAAAAAGCCAUAUCUCAGACUGCCCAUCUUAAUCUUUUAUUUUUAUUGGCCAGUCUGGGAUAUGGCUUUUUCUUUGCAACUCUGCCUAGAAGGUCAGCAUCCCGGAGUCGCCUCUUCACUGUUGAUGUUGAGACUGGUGUUUUGUGGGUACUAUUUAAUGAAGCUGCCAGUUGAGGACCUGUGAGGCGCCUGUGUGUCUGAAUACUUUGCGAAGGCACUGUGUGUAUAUAUAUUUUUAAAAAAAAUAUGUAUAUAUAUAUAUAAAUACUGUGUAUAUUAAAUAAUAUAUAAUAUAUUAAAUACUGUGUAUAUACAUAAUUAAUGUAUGUUGGAGUGUAUAUUCUAUAGGUUUUCAAGUUUUUUCCGGUCCCUCUUGCAGUCAGGAAAAACCCAGAACAAGACGUUUACAAUAUUUACAGUGUAUAUCUCACUGCAUCAGACUGAAAACAUAAGCUCUCCCUCUCAGACAACAUAAGGAGUGGCUCUUGUUAUUUAUUGCAGCAAAGCCUGGUGGACAAAGUGUCUCGCAGACAGCGAGUGGAUAUGAGCUUGCUCUUUCUCAACAUCAAAGUCAGACGGCUGCAGCUGGUCAGUGACUCACUGGAUGAGGUAAUACCAUUUCCCAUCUAACAGACACACAAGAACAUUACUUAAGAAGACAGCCCAGCCCUGGUAUAGAGGCUUGAUUGCUAUUUAUGUUAUGCAAUAAUGUAAGAGCCAAUUAAUUUGAUGUAAAUUAAGUUAUUUCACUGCUUUCAAUGCAGUGCAUUUCAAAACUGAAGCAUCCGAGAUAUGUUUAAGUUCAGACAUGCGGCAUGCCUUGGUCUGAUAAGUUCAAGAAAGUUGGCCGCAGCUUAAUUUGCUCUCCUGCUUUUAGCUGACUAGAAACCGAGCAGACUUGAAGAAGAAGCUGAAAGUGUCGUUUGUGGGGGAGGCUGGUUUAGACAUGGGUGGUCUGACCAAGGAGUGGUUUCUCCUUCUCAUCCGACAGAUCUUUCACACAGACUACGGUGAGACAUAUGGGACAAACAGAUCAGGCAUAUGCGUUGCCAUAGAGAUAACAGAUGUUACAGCUGUUUUGUUUGCAACAAUACUAUUUUCUCUAUAGAUAACAGUAUACGUUAAGGAGAUGUAUUUCUCCUUUAGCCCUGGCUUUCUGUUCCCCAUCCUAAAGUCUCAACCAGUACCCAGACUAAGAAUGCUGACCUGCAUUUAGCCGUUAAUGAAGAAAAGAACGAAAAUGUACGAUGUUCAUGUUCUGGGACAGAUACAUAGCACUGCAAUAGAUGACCAUUCUAUUUACAGUAACUCCCAUUUGGUCUGGGACCUAGCAGUCCAAAAAACGAAAUUCCCAUGUACUCUAUUCUGAUCAUUUGUUAUCUGCCUGUGUUCUAUGUCUAUGUCAUGUCUGGGUGGAGUUGUGUUUAAGCAGAGUGUAUUUGUGUCUCCUCUCUGAAGGCAUGUUUACAUUCUUCAAGGAUUCCCACUAUCACUGGUUCAGCAGCUGGAAGUGUGACAACUACUCUGAGUUCCGAUUGGUCGGAGUUGUAUCCUUUUGUACCAUACCGUGAUUUAAGGUACCGUUGUAGCUUGUCGCGAACUGUAAACAGAUUCUCAUGUUGUACCCUGUAACUGGCGCCUGGAGUUUUAGUCAGGUCACGUAGUGAGGAAGAACUCCUGGCGCUAUACUUAAGGGAAUCUUUGCACAUUUACCAUAGAUACUCUGAGGUUCGCCACUAUCCCUAUGCCAGGUUAAUUGCUGCUUUGCAGAUGAUAGCUUUAGUUUUAGAACUAUAAUUUUGUGGGGAUUCUUCAGUUUGUCAUCUUCUAAACUGAGGAGACACUGCAGUGCUUUUCUAUUUGGCACGUUGCAAUCUGAUGUAAUCUAAUAGAAUAACUAAAGUAUGCAGAAUAUUCAUGUGUUUUUAUCCAUGUGACAUUGUGUUUAUUUUGAUAAAACAGUUAGAUCAUAUACACAUACACUAUAACUUAACUAAAUCAUGUCAACAUUUCAAUAGUAGUGUGUUUUCAUUCAAAUCAAUUCGUUGUUUUCUCUGAAAAUUCUCUCUCAAUUUUGACAUGUCCCACAUCAUGUUUGUCAGAUUUCUUGGAAGAUUAGAACCCAUUUAAGACCCACAUUUUCCCAGGUUUUCACCAUAACUGUAAAUCCCUAGUUAUUUUGUUGCAUUGACAAAGUCAUUUCCGAAGAUUAUUAUUAUUUCAUGUGAUUAGUGAUUCAUUUACAUUUGUCCCUCAGGUUUAAGGUCAACCCUGUUACGUGAACUGAACUCUUUUUAAUAUGGUAAAACUAUUCCUUUUAAAAUUAUUUUUUCAGAAGAAACAAUGAACAUCUAAUAGUCAAAUCAUAGUUUUAAAAGUAGGUGAGCUGGUCCUACUAUUUUGGGGCAUUUUCUGGGGUUUUGUGGCAGAAAACCCUGUUACCCAUAGAUAGACAGACUAUAAAUGUUUUAACAAGUACAUUUUGGGGGGGUGAAGUUUGCGUUCAAUUGCCCCUCCCUGUUGCACACAACAAGCUUCCAUUCUCCCUGUCACAAUGGGAUUUAUGGCUAAUUUAAGAUGAAAUUGUCAAGCCUGUUAUAGUCAACCCUGUUACUUUAAUUGUCACCUUUUUAUAGUCAUUUUUAUUAAUUUAACCUAUGUAGAUGGGAAAAUAGGUUUGUUGUGAAGUUGAACAUGUGCUCUUUAUGACAGAAUGUGAAAGGUAGACUCAGCAAAAUGACGUUGCCACGAGCAGCACCGCAGAUAUUGAGAUGAGCAAGAUGCAAGACUUCGCUCCCACACAGUCGCACACUGUAUCUGUGCAUGUGCAUGGGUUCGCUAUAGCCACCGGACCAAAACAGCGGAGAAGUUGAGAAAUGAAUUGUUGCAGAAAUUGACCCACUAUGCUGUUUACUUUCUGCACCUAUGUUAUAUCGCUGAGUCUACUUUAAAAAUGAGGUGAAAUAUAUACAGUAUAUUAUUUUUUUAAACAAAAUAACACUACCCAAAGGGCACUCUAUUGGUGGAAUGACACUACCAUGUAUUCAGCACUUUCCAGGUGUUCUGCAGAGACAAUAGUCAGUGUUUCUCCAGUGAUGAACCCUAGCAGUCAUGUGUGGGGAGUCACAGCUUGUGCGCACGUGGCUCUCCCCUUGGGUACGGCUGACUCGAAUCUCGCCAAGUUGCACAAUCACAAGUGAUGAGGCAGACACAGAGGCAGCCAGUAGCCAGGAGCCAGGGCUGUGUGCUGAUCUUAUCUCUCUCUAUUGUCUGCUGUCCCUUCCAUGCCUGAGGCAUGUUCAGCCAGCCUGAGCUAGUCCACCCACAUACCCCUGCACCCCUUCCACCUCACCAGUCUGUCAGCCACUCAGUUAGAAUUACUGCACACUGACAGACACUGAAGUGGCUAUGUGUCUCUGUCUGAAACUGUUUAACCAACACCACAGGGAGGGCAGGGUGACAAAAAAUGCAGGGAGAGAUAGUGAUAGAAACUGAAAGGUUUUGUUAUGUCUUAUUUUGUGGGCUGCAGGUCUGGCUGCAGCGGUCUGUGUUUCAUUCUCCGCCUCUCAGUUCCCAUGGAAUUUUCCCCAAGUCUGCGCCAAUAUAACUUGAAGGAUUUUCCCAAACUCUCUUUAUCUAUUUAGCAAGCUAGGGAGCUCUGCAGCUUUAGCCUUUCCCACAGAAGUUCCAUAUGGACGACACAUGAAUUGAGAUCUGCCAGAAGCAGCUGGAACCGCGUUAGGAGUUUCAUUGUAAACGCAUAAUACACCUGCUGUUUAUAUUCCCUCUUCAGAUUUGCUACUAGCCAAUAUACAUGGGAAAAAUGCUGUGUUAAUCGAGUGAUGAUUGUGAUCAUUAGCACACGCUGCAGGGUCUGUGAAGCUGGUAUAAAAUGCUGUGUUAAUCGAGUGAUGAUUGUGAUCAUCAGCACACGCUGCAGGGUCUGUGAAGCUGGUAUAAAAUGCUGUGUUAAUCGAGUGAUGAUUGUGAUCAUCAGCACACGCUGCAGGGUCUGUGAAGCUGGUAUAAAAUGCUGUGUUAAUCGAGUGAUGAUUGUGAUCAUCAGCACACGCUGCAUGGUCUGUGAAGCUGGUAUAAAAUGCUGUGUUAAUCGAGUGAUGAUUGUGAUCAUCAGCACACGCUGCAGGGUCUGUGAAGCUGGUAUAAAAUGCUGUGUUAAUCGAGUGAUGAUUGUGAUCAUCAGCACACGCUGCAGGGUCUGUGAAGCUGGUAUAAAAUGCUGUGUUAAUCGAGUGAUGAUUGUGAUCAUCAGCACACGCUGCAUGGUCUGUGAAGCUGGUAUAAAAUGCUGUCGUUACAAAGUAUGAAGAAAUCAGAAGCACAAUACUGCUAUGCUACAUUAAAUGAAUAUAACUAACCACAUUUUAUUCUGUUCAUCUAGUGGUGUAUAUGAGUUCUCUUAAUGAUAACCUUGAGUCAUUUGGGGUUGAAGAUAAUUGCUUUCUAUUGUAAAGGAUCUGUGAUUACCGCCUUACCUUAAGACUUUGAUACACCCUUAACUUUAUGUGUCAGCUCAUGGGCCUGGCUGUCUACAACAGCAUCACCUUGGACAUCAGCUUCCCCCCCUGUGUCUACAAGAAGCUGCUGACCCCGCCCGUGGUGCCGUGUGACCCCGAUUCCCCCGUUGGCAUGGCGACCCUCACCCUGGACGACCUGCAGCAGGUCAUGCCUGUAUGUACACAACACAAGCUCUGAUUCAGCUCUCUCACUGGCAUUCUUUACCAUUACACUGCACUCUUCUUGUAACGAUCACAAGUACAAUAAUAUUGCUUGCAGUGGUCAAAGGAACAUUUGUAUACUUGCAAAAUACUCCUCUUUAUAUUUAUUUAUACAAUCAAAUGAAUGGAUGUGACGCUUAUGAGAGGACCAUUUUAGAAUGAUUCAGAUUUUCUCUGACGGGUAAAGUGUUGAUUUGUACAGUAUCUGAAUAUGGAUGUACGGUUGCUAGACUAAGAAGUUAUUUAGAGUGUGUUAAAAAUAACUCCAAUAUGCCCCUGUUCCUACUUAUAGCUGAACAAUAUGUGAAGGAAUUUAGGCAUCAUAACAUCAGUAAUAUGCUUGUAGUUUAGGGAGUCAUAUAUUGUGCUAUUGAUGCCGUGCGUCACAGGACUGUGAGAUAAUCAACCAGGUUCACACUCCAUAUAGUCCCAGUCUCACCCUGCCACCAGUCUCAUAACAGUGUAGCUGCUGCCAAGGUGAGAUGGGAGUGAUGUAGCUAGGUCUCAGAGGUGCCAAGCUGGACUCCAACCAUCACCUGAGACACACCAGUGAUAGAUUCUUGCCCACAGAUGUCACACCUAGCAGUCCAACACUGCUGGUGAAGCGCUCUUGGUGAUGGCAGCUUUUUUUUAUUGAUCAGGUGGGUUCAAGAAUGCCAGCUGUAGUUAGCUGUCUAGGUAGGAGAGAUGGAGAGGAGAGAUACACUUCAUGUGGCAUGACAUGUUCUGCAAUUGCCAUCAAUGUUAUGCUUGGUUGAUAUAAUAUUUCCUUAUAUAAUCCUGUAGUUUCACAUAAUAUGUAGAUUUUUGAGUUGCUAGUGAAAGUGAUUGAAGGACUGACAUCUUCCAAUAUUCACCAGCAGAGGGCACUCAAGCCUAACUUUUGCACAUCGCCACUUGCGAUUUCUACAAACUCAAAACAAACUAAAUCUAUGUUAAUCAUAUACUGUUUACUUGUAUGCACACAAUACAUUACUGUCACUAAGACUAGUAUUAAACUGCGUUUGGUGUAAUUGUGUAGCUUUUUAUUCAGUAUGCAUCUCAUUGCGCUGCGCAGCCUUGCCAGAUGUUGGUUUUUACUGGGCAGUUGGCCUUGUCUUAGCUUACAUAACGGCCUCUGUUGAAUACUUUUACCUAAAUUGGAGGAGGGCAGGGAAAAAGCCAGCACAAGUUCUUUAAAAAGACUGCCCAGCACUGACGUCAAACACAUGUAAUUGUUCUUCAAAUGAUUGCUUUUGCAUUAUAAAAUGUAUUUUAUGUGACUAUGUUCUGAGGUAUGGAUUGGAAUAGCAUAAUCACAGUGAUGUCAUUGUAUUUGGUACAAAUAAUUCCCUAAGUUCUAGACCUCAGGUGAAUCUGGUAAUGAAUGGUGUGGCUGUUGACCACAUUGAGGAGACUAAAUUACUUGGUGUUACCUUAGAUUGUAAACUGUCAUGGUCAAAACAUAUUGAUUCAAUGGUUGUAAAGAUGGGGAGAGAUCUGUCCAUGAUAAAGAGAUAUGCUGCUUUUUUUACAACACACUCCACAAAGCAAGUCCUGCAGGCUCUAGUUUUGUCUUAUCUUGAUUAUUGUCCAGUCAUAUGGUCAAGUGCUGCAAAGAAAGACCUACAGUAGUUAAGCUGCAGCUGGCCCAGAACAGAGCGGCACGUCUUACUCUUCAGUGUAAUCAGAGGGCUAAUAUUAAUACUAUGCAUGCCAGUCUCUCUUGGCUAAGAGUUGAGGAAAGACUGACUGCAUCGGUCCUUGUGUUUAUAAGAAACAUUAAUGUGUUAGAAAUUCCAAAUUGUUUGCAUAGUCAACUUAAACACAGCACUGACACACACACUUACCCCACCAGACAUGCCACCAGGGGUCUUUUCACAGUCCCCAAGUCCAGAACAAAUUCAAGGAAAUGUACAGUAUUAUACAGAGCCAUGAGUGCAUGGAACUCCCUUCCAUCUUAUAUAGCGGAAGUGAACUCCCAUCUCAUAAUGCGUGAACAGCAAUCUUGGUUUAAAAAAACAAAUAAAGCAACACCUCACGGCACAACGCCUCUCCCCCAUGUGACCUACUUUUUGUGUGAUGUACUGACAUGUACACUACAUUACCAAAAGUAUGUGGACUCGUGCUCGUCGAACAUCUCAUUCCAAAAUCAUGGGCAUUAAUAUGGAGUUGGUCCCCCCUUUGCUGCUAUAACAGCCUCCACUCUUCUGGGAAAGCUUUCCACUAGAUGUUGGAACAUUGCUGCAGGGACUUGCUUCCAUUUAGCCACAAGAGCAUUAGUGAGGUCAGGUACUGAUGUUGGCCGAUUAGGCCUGGCUCGCAGUCGGCAUUCCAAUUCAUCCCAAAGGUGUUCGAUGGGGUUGAGGUCAGGGCUCUGUACAGGCCAGUCAAGUUCUUCCACACCGAUCUCGACAAACCAUAUCUGUAUUUACCUCGCUUUGUGCACGGGGGCAUUGUCAUGUUGAAACAGGAAAGGGCCUUCCCCAAACUGUUGCCACAAAGUUGGAAGCACAGAAUCGUCUAGAAUUUAAUUGAAUGCUGUAGUGUUAAGAUUUCCCUUCACUGGAACUAAGGGACCUAGCCCGAACCAUGAAAAACAGCCCCAGACCAUUAUUCCUCCUCCACCAAACUUUAAAGUUGCCACUAUGCAUUCGGACAGGUAGAGUUCUCCUGGCAUCCACCAAACCCAGAUUUGUUAGUCGGACUGCCAGAUGGUGAAGCGUGAUUCAUCACUCCAGAGAACGUGUUUCCACUGCUCCAGAGUCCAAUGGCGGCGAGCUUUACACGACUCCAGUUGACGCUUGGCAUUGCGCAUGGUGAUUUUAGGUUUGUGUGCGGCUGCUCGGCCAUGUAAACCCAUUUCAUUAAGCUUCCGUCGAACAUUGCUUCCAGAGGCAGUUUGGAACUCUGUAGUGAGUGUUGAAACCAAGGACAGAAGAUUUUUACGCGCUGUGCGCUUCAGCACUCGGCGGUCCUGUUCUGUGAGCAUGUGUGGCUUACCACUUCGCAGGCUGAGCCGUUGUUGCUCCUAGACGUUUCAGCUUCACAAUAACAGCACUUACAGUUGACCGGGGCAGCUCUAGCAGGGCAGAAACAAACAGACAAACUGACUUGUUGGAAAGGUGGCAUCCUAUGACGGUGCCACAUUGAAAGUCACUGAGCUCUUCAGUAAGGCCAUUCUACUGCCAAUGUUUGUCUAUGGAGAUUGCAUGGCUGUGUGCUCGAUUUUAUACACCUGUCAGCAAUGGGUGUGGCUGAAAUAGUUGAAUCCACCAACUUGAAGGGGUGUCCACAUACUUUUGUAUAUAUAAUGUAUGUGUAACUGAUAGAUGCACACACACACACACACACACACACACACACACACACACACACACACACACACACACACACACACACACACAAUACAUUUACGUCAUUUAGCAGACGCUCUUAUCCAGAGCGACUUACAGUUAGUGAGUGCAUACAUUUUCUUCCAAAUUUUCUUUUUUUCAUACUGGCCCCCCGUGGGAAACGAACCCACAACCCUGGCAUUGCAAAUGCCAUGCUCUACCAACUGAGCUACACGGGACUAUACAUGUUAAUGUUUUUAAAUGUUUGUAAAUUGUGAAGUAUUUUGUCUGUAAUGUAUUUGUCGUUAAGUGUCGGACCCCAGUAAGACUAGCUGUCGCCAUUGGCGUCGGCUAAUUUGUAUUUGUAUUUGUAUUUAUUAUGGAUCACCAAGGCAGCAGCUACUCUUCCUGGGGUCCAGUAAAAUUAAGGCAGUUAUACAAUUUUAAAAACAUUAAAAUACAUUCACAACACAUUAGUGUGUGCCCUCAGGCCACUACUCUACAACCACAUAUCUACAAUCCAAAAUCCCUGUGUAGGCGUGUGUAUAGUGCAUAUUUUAUCGUGUGUGUGUAUGCAUGUGUCUGUACCUUUGUUUGUGUCUCUUCCUGCUGUUCCAUAAGGUGUAUCUACUGCUUGCGUGUGUUACUUGAUGUGGAAUAGAGUUUCAUGUAGUCAUGGCUCUAUGUAGUACUGUGCGCCUCCCAUAGUUUGUUCUGGACUUGGGGACUGUGAAGAGACCUCUGGUGGCAUGUCUUGUGGGGUAUGCAUGGGUGGCUGAGCUGUGUGCUAGUAGUUUAAACAGACACCUCGGUGCAUUCAGCAUGUCAACACUUCUUACAAAAACAAGUAGUGAUGAAGUCUGUCUCUCCUCUACUUUGAGCCAUGAGAGAUUGACAUGCAUAUUAAUAAUGUUAGCUCUACGUGUACAUUUAAGGUGCCAGCCUCGCUGCCUUGUUCUGGACCAGUUGUAAUUUUCCCAAGGUCCUCUUUGUGGUACUAAUGGGGAUCCUAAUAAAAUCAACAACAACAAAUCAUGCACAAUGCAUACACCAUAUAAUGGUUUUAUAUAAUUUUGUUUCCUCAAUACGUGUUCUAGAUUGUGUAGUGGCAAAGGCUUAACAUGGUGUUCUUGUUGUUUGGUCUUACAUUGCUAUAAAAAAAGAAGUCAGUCAUUAGAUGUAUCAAUAACAAAAUGAAGUCAGAUUUUCCUCCAUAAAACAUUCUAUGAAAAUAGUGUUCUGUGCUGUAUGAGGCAGAAGUUUCCACCAUGGCACUUUCAAAUGGCAAGAUGUUUUUUUCUUCCUCUUAGGCUUUUUUCUAUUUAGCCUUUACAGAUUUAGAAGAAGAAGAAGACGAAGAAGAAGAAGAAGAAGAAGUUAUAUAUACUUCAUAAAUAUUGGUUGCAAUCUAUAUAAAAAGCAAUGCUUAUCGAUUUGGUCUUGUGUUUCAGGAUCUUUCUCAUGGGCUGGCAGAACUUCUCAGCUAUGAAGGCAACGUGGAGGAGGACUUCUGUACGACUUUUCAGGUUAGGAAAACACAUUCUUAUUCACAAUAACACUUAUGAAACAUAAUAUAUUUGACAUCAUUUUAAUACAUACUGUCACAGCACAAGGGAAGUGCUCCACUAAUGUGAUGAAUGUCAUUUUAGGUGUCGCAGGAAGAAAUAGGUGUGAUCAAGUCCUACAAUCUGAAACCGGGAGGAGAUAAGAUUUCUGUCACCAACCAGAACAGGAAGGGUAAGUGAGGAGUAGACAGGAGCCAGAGAAAAGGCCACUGUCCUGCAGUAGCUUGGGAUAUCUAACAGUACACUGCCUUUCAGACUAUGUGGCAUUUGUUUUCUCUCAUAGAUGAUUGUUUGAUUACUCUUGUCUUUGCAGAGUAUGUCCAGCUGUAUGUAGAUUUCCUGCUGAAUAAGUCCAUUUGCAGGCAGUUUACUACCUUCUACUAUGGCUUCCACAGUGUGUGCGCCUCCGACACUUUGAUGGUAAGAAUGUCAAGACUUUUAAUGUCAAAAUGAAUUAAUAAAUGAAUCCUAAUUGGUGUGACAAAAAAACCAUAAAAAAGGGUUGUAUAUAGCCCCCAAAAGGGUUGUAACCAUAGCGGAAUCCUUUUUUGGUACUAUAUAGAACAUUUUCAAUGGUUCUUUAUAGAACCUUAGGAAAGGGUUCUUUAUAACACCAUACAGGUUCCAUUUAGAAUGUUAUGAGCAUGGUUCUUUAUAGAACCUUCAAAAAAGGGUUCUAUAUAGCACCAAAAAGGGUUCCGCUAGGGUUACAAGCCAAAGAACCCCUAUCUGGUACUAUUUAGAACCAUUAUUUUUUAGUGUGUAUCAGUAUCACUGAAAGUGAGAGGACAUCAUUUCUUGUGCUGCGUUUCAGUGCCAGCUGGUCCUGUUUGAAGUGUCAAUAGCAGAGAGUUUAGUCAACUCCUGUAGAAAGUUCCUGAUUAGGCAGCAUAAGGAGGAAUGUGAGGUCCAUUUUGCAUUUUACAGAGAAGCAAUGAGGAGUUGGGGUUCGGCUGUGUGUGCACGAGGGUGUGUGUGCGUGUGCACGCACACAACUGUGAGUGCAUGCAUGUGUGUGAGUGAGUGUACUGUUCCUCGCUGCCUGCUAAAUAUGUUCACAGAGCUCCCCUCCCCUUCUCUUGACAUAGGCCUCCUAACAGGGGUUUUGUGUGUGCUCUGUCUCCACUCAGUAACCAGGGCUCGAAUGGGGAGGCUCAUAUGAGUGGCCUAUAGAAAGUGUACGUGGGAACCACAGUAAAUGACGAGAGUGAUGUCCUUCCACGAAUAUCAAUCAGACAGACCACAAAGCUGCUGUAUUCAUGCAGAACCAGCCCAGCUUUAGGGUUAGAGUUGCAUGGUUUGACAUGGGAGGAUCUGUCUCUCUCUGGUCAUUAUCAGUUUCUUUCCCAUUAGUUAAUUAACUGUUGCCUCACUGACCUGCUGACAGAAACCGAUCGGCAUAUUGUGGAACUAGCAAUGAGUGAAAGAUGGACCACACCAACCAUCUUCUAUAGGCGGGCCGAAGGUCCGUAUCCAGACCCGGACGGACCGCGGGUCCCCGUCAAAAAAAUAUGAUUUUGUUGUAAUGUUUGAGUCACUCAGAUAACAUAUGAACACAUUAAGACAUGGCAAAAUGUGUAGAAUUGCAGGAUUUUUUUUUUUUUUUUACUGCUAAAUAUUCUCUCUGCCCCGUGGCAACAUUUUUAGAAUUGCAGGAAAUAAGCUUCAAAUCUACAACAUUUUCUCUCCACCAACAAGAGGAGUGUAAUCAGUUUGUGUCUUGGACAGUGCUUGUGUUGGGGUCGGAGUUUGUUAUUGCACUGAUAAAUGGCAAUAUCAAUCCGGACCUUUGCCACCUAGGAAAUGUGUGUGACUGGACCUUUUCAGAUAGUAUUUGAGUACCCCUGGACUACACCAAGUAAUCAAUAAAUUAGAAUCAAUUAAAAUGGACAAGAUUAAAACAGACUCGGGUACUGCAAAUAACUGUCAGAUGAGCUGACAGCGCUGAGCUCAGGGAUGGAAAUGUCCCUCAUUGUUUUAUUGCGGUCAUUGGUAACUGUCUGGACCUGCAAAAACAAAUAUUUGACUGUUCAGUUAUCUGUUUGGUGUACGUGUCACGGAAUGCCAGAGUUGGUAUGUAUGCCACAGCUGAACCGACCACAAACCACAGUUAAACAUUAGUUAUGUUCUUUUCCCUGUGCAGCAAUUUUAGCAUGCCUGCUGAGUCCAUCCAUUUUGGAUACUGUAGAUAGAAAAUAAUCACAAAAAUAGCAAUCUAAUAUGCAUGUACCAGGAAUAUCAUUUUCAACAGCAUACAAUACAAUGCAAUAUCAGAAUCAGAAAUACUAUGUAAUUUGUCACAAUGACUAAACUUGAUGGGUCUGAAAUGACAAAUGUCCCUGAGCUUUUUGUUUUUGCACUGAGACUAAAACAAAAAUCCCUGUCUCAAUCUUGGUAGGACUUCCUACUUAAUAUGGUCUUCUUCAGCUUUUGUUGCAUCAGCACCAACAUAGAACUUUCCAGUAGUGCGAUACGUGCAGUACUGGUUCUAUUUUUAGUUCUGUUAGUGCAAUCUAUUAGUUCUCUCAGGAGACUUUUCCUCUUAGCUUCCCAAGGCAGUGCAUGCUCAUAUGAACAGGCUCAUACUGGACAUGUAGGAAAAGUCAGCUUUAGAAAGCUCCUUGAUACAGUUACGCAAUGGUUGUCUACGCUCGCAUUGAUUAUGCAACACUGCUGUGACAGUAAUAACUCACUGGCUGCCUGGUGGGGUGAUGGGAGAGAGAGAAGAUGGGGGAGAGAGGGGAAAGGGGGGAAAGGGGGUGUGGCAGACCACGAUUUGGUCUGUCCCAGAUUCUUCAGGAACUCUAUACCUUAGCUGGAUCUGGCCAUUGGCUUGGCUUGCGCUAGCUAGUCAUCGGGUUGCAUUUCUGUUUGCGCUUCGUGAACAAGGUGAAACUGUGCUGCUGUGAGGCAGUCUUGCAGACCGUGCACUGCCUGACCCUACUGUCUGACACUACUGUCUGGGUGUGUUUGGAUAAAGUGGAGUCAUGAUGUGAUAACCCAGCUAGCACACAACGUUCUGAGAACCAUAUGUUUCUUAACGCUUGGUGAGAGCGUGGUUGUCCUAUGGUUAUUUGGCAUAUAACCUUGCCGCAAUGUUCUGGGAAUGGUGCAGGAUACCCAGCUAGCACAUAACGUUCUGAGAACCAUAUGUUUCUUAGGUGGGAAUUUCAGUACUUCAGCAUAACAUUUUUUCUACAGGUUUCCUCAUGGUUCUAUUUAAAGUAAUGUUCUCAGAACAUUCAGAGAACGUUAAGAAACUACAUUCUUCUGUGGGAAUUUCAGUACUUCAGUAUAACGUUUUCUGCAGGUUUCCUCGUGUUCUAUUUGAAUUCAUGUUCUCAGAACAUUAAGAAAACUUUCCAUAAAAAACACAAGAAAACAUUAGUAACGUUCAAAGAACAUUCUAAGAAUGUUAUUUAAAAAGAUACACAGUCCGUUCUCAGCGUCAACAAAACUCUCGCUAUCCUCUAUAAUUUAGUAUUUAUUAGGAUCCGAGGCAGCGGCUACUGUUCCUGGGGUCCAAACAGGAAACAACACAACAAAUAAAAUACAUAAUAUACAUAAAUAUGCAUAGCACUACAUUUACAUUACAAUUUAGCCAUUCAGCGGACACUCCCAUCCAGAGCGACCCACAGCUAGUGCAUUCAUCUUAAGAUAGCCAAACGAGACAACCUCAUAUCACAGUCGUAUCACAACCACGUAUCACAUACAUAAUACAAUGCAAAAUACUAUACAAAAUGCAUGAAAAAUGUCUCUUCACAGUCCCCGUCUUUUAUCUGUUUUUUAAAAUCUGGUUUUAUUGCUAGUUUGAGUAACAUGGGGUGGCAAAGAGUUCCAUUUAGUCAUGGCUCUAUUUAAUACUGUGUGUUUCCCAGCCUCUGUUCUGGACCUAGGGAUUGUGAAGAGACCUCUGGUUGCAUGUCUUGUGUGGUACUGAUGAGUGUCCGAACUGUGUGCCAACUGCUUGAACAGACAGUUCGGAACCUUCAACACAUCAACACCUCGCACAAAGACCAAUAGUGAUGCAGUCAAUCUCUCCUCAACUUUAAGCCAGAAAAGAUUGACAUGCAUGUCAUUGACAUUCGCCCUCUGUGUACAUCUAAGUGCAAUACGUGCUGCUCUGUUUUGGACCAAUUGUAAUUUGCCUAUAUGCUUAUUUGCCGCACCUGACCACACAACUGGACAUUUGACUGAGAUAUCAAGAAAGCAGAGCAACGCCUUAUCUUCCCAUGUUAAGUGUGUUCAGGUGUGUUGGCCGCACCCACUAAUUGGCCACAUCUGAUCUUAAUGAGUGCUUGUUUCCUUUAAAAUGGGGUCUGUUUGAAUAGACUAAAAUGAACAGCUUUGUAUGAGUAAAAAAAUAACAUGGCAUGCUAGCUCCAUCCUGGUGGCGCAGUGGGCUAUUCCAUGAUUAGCGAACAGAAGAUCAUAGGUUCAAAUCUCACUGAUGCCAUGCCACAAUAAAAAAAGAAAUGUGUUUGCAUGAUUAUUGCUAUUUAAUUUCCAUGUGCCCUAUCUGUGCUUGGAGUUCAAAACAGUUAACCUAAGCUAGCAGUGUUAUUAAAAGUCUUAUUGAAACAUGUUCUCAGAAUGUUAUUUAAUUACUUGAAUAAAACCUCUCAGGAAAACAUUCAGGGAACCAUAGUAAAUGUUCUUAGAACCACCCUGCAAUCUAAAAAUGUACGUUCCCAGUGAAGGCAAAAUGUUCACUUCCGUUCUCAGAAUGUUUUAAAAACAUUCAAUUUUACCGGUCAGGACACUUAUGGCUUCGUUCCCCAGAACCAAUGGAAAACCAAAAACGUAUGUUCCCACAACUUCCAAGGAACCAAAUGUGCUAGCUGGGAAGACUGCAUGGGACUGAAAAGUGGUCAAGGACAGAGUAAUACAGAGAAAAUAUGCAACUAUGUCUAUUAGGGUUUGCAAAAUGAGGCCAAAUGUAUCAAGUUUGCAACUUGAUAACACUUGCAUAAUGUGUCUGAUUAAUACUUUAGACAGUGUGUGACACAACGAUCCCUGCAUAUGGCACUCUGAUCACCCCAUGCCCUUACUAUGAUAUUACCAUAGUCAAGCACUGCUCUGUUUAAGUGCACAUUUUAGUGCAAUAUUGGUUCAAUGAACAGGGAUUCAUGAUUCAGACCAACAUGGUAGUAACUCCUUGUCUUGUGUCAUGCAGUAGGCAAGCUUUAAUGGACAAACUCCCAUGGUACUAACACUGGGUGUCUUGUGAAAUCCUGCAGUUUCACUGGAAUCCCAUUGUGUCCUGUAGUUUCAUAUAUCCUGUAGUUUUACUUGUUAGACUACCGCGAUAGUGACUCUGUGUCUUGUCCCUCGUUUUGUAGUUGCUGAGGUCCGAGGAGGUGGAGAUCCUGGUGUGUGGCAGUCCCAACCUGGACAUGAGCACGCUGCAGAAGGUAGCACAGUACGAAGGCUACAGCAAGGCUGACCCCACCAUCAGGUACUGUAAACCCAUCAUCAUAUCAGUAAUUGUGUAAAAAGGCCUGAUUUCGAAUAGAUAUUAAAGCCGCAAUCCUGAGUUUCUAAAUGACCAUCGAACAGCAGGAAAUAUCCCAGAUGGUGCAUUUAAUUGAAGUAGGUCCUAAUGAUUGUGCCUAACCCUAACCUUACAGUAAAUAAUCGAAUGUGUUGUUCCGUCUAUGUGGUCAGGGCAUUCUGGGACGUGGUGCUGGCCUUCCCUCUGAAGUUCCAGAAGAGGCUGCUCCACUUCUCAACAGGAAGUGACCGCGUCCCUGUGGGCGGAAUGGCCGACCUCAACUUCAAGAUCUCUAAGAUUGAUGCCUCCACCGACUGGUGAGAUACUGCAGAUGUCCUCAAUGUGUUCUUUCUUAUUCAUUGUAAACAUGUUGAAAAGUACUAAAAGCAGACCUCCUUUAUUCAGCUGCCAUUUGAUUUAUACAGAACAGCAUCUGUGAACAAUGUGAAUUUAUCAUUUACCUUUUCUUCCUCUCCAGGUUGCCUAUAUCUCACACGUGUUUCAACCAGAUCUGCCUGCCACCAUACAAAAACAAAAAAGAACUGAAGCAGAAGUUAACUAUUGCCAUUUCAAACGCGGAGGGAUUUGGACUGGAGUGAACUCAGAUAACCACAAUGGUGAAACUGCCAUUUAUCAUUGGUUUGUGGUCAGUAGGGUGUGUAUAUUUGAACAUGUUUAGACAUGCUACCAGUAAUCUCUCAGCUUCAGUAUUUCUUAACAAUAUACUUAACAAAUCUGUUUCUGUAGAAUAUUGGGUGAAAAGUGAUAUUACAAGUAUAGCAUUCAGAGCGCUUGCGUUUGCACUCUAAAUACCUUUUGCCUUUUUGAUAUCAAACUGGACAUGGAAAAUGUUCUGCCCAGUCCAUUAACAAUGGAGUUGUUUAUUAAAGUAAGAGGUUGAAUGUAGGUCAGAGCAGAGCAGGGCUGGGUUGGUCUGUGAUAAAAUAGCUAGAUAAACAGUCUGCCAGUACUGUGGUGUCCGCUCUUAAAGUGACAGAGCCCAUCUCUCCUCCUGAACAGAGUCCAUGUACCGCCUCUCUUUGACGAAGGCCUUUUCAGGCCUAAGAUUGAACUCAUUCCGAGUCUGAUGGUAAAUUAUGAACACAGAGAUGAUCUCGUUAGUAUUUAUACUAAUAUAUUUGGUUUUCAGAGGUCUCAGAAGUUUUGAAACAUUCGGAAGACGUUUCUGUUAUGUUGUUCGUGGGCAGAGUUUUUAGACGACCCUUUCUGGAUGUUUUCAUGUAGAGCCUGAAAGGGAAUUGAGCUUCAGUAAGGUUUAUCAUGUUACAGUAGUUGUGCUGGUAUAUGGCUAUUAUUGAUGUGGGAACUUACUGUAUACCUCGUUUGCUUACUCCCACAUUGUCGGCGAUGCCUCUCGAUAUAGAUUACAUCUCUUCGUACUCUUGGUACAGUUGGCAUAUUGUAUGGAGAGGUAUGAAAUAGUUGCAAAACACCAGUGACAUCAUGAUUGAUAUCAAGGCAAAUAGGAGUUCAGUGGACCUCACACACCUGCAGGUUAGAAUGAUGAAACGGGUGCAUGAAAUGUACAGAAUCGGGAUAUAUGUCACGUGAUUUAUUGCUGUUCUAAAGGGAUCUCUGUUGUAAAGUGGUGACACUUGUGUGGUAGUUAGCUCACUCAGGAUGUCCACAUUUCAUGGAUUGUACGAUUCUUCUAAAAUGAACUUGAUAAUAAAAAUAAGGUCUUUGUUGAAACA